AUGAACAACACACGCAUACUGCGCACUACAAAUAUCCUUUUGCUAUUGACGGGCUACCAACUGCAUUGGUUCGUGGCGAAGUCGCACCGUUUUCGAGUGUCCAUCGUCCCCGUCAUUGGACUCGUAGUGCUCAGCUGCAUUUACAUUGCCUGCCUCGUGCAGCAUUUUGAGGCACACUCAUUGCUGCAGUUGGUCAAAUCCAUGUCUCCAUUUCUGCAUGGCUUAAUACGCCUUCAGGCGCUACUGGGAGUCAAAGUAUUUAUCUACGCCUUCUAUGCGUCCGCACGAUCGAUAGGCCCCGCUAAUGACAUUGCAAAGACAUUGCCCUUUAAGUCCAAUGGAAGUGGAAAUGACAGGAAGGACUACUAUGCCUAUGCCCUGAUUUUCUCUACCUUGUCCGUGCUGUUUGGUUUGGGAUUUUACAUAGCUUACGAAAUGGAUUUUGUUUUGCCGCCCCUCGAACACAUCAUGAUCGGAUUAGGGCUCUUCAUACCACACUAUGUAUUGGGUGGUGCUUUGAGAUUCUUCAACAUUUUGUCCUGGCUGAGCUGUGAUCAGCUGCAGCAUUUACGGACCGAUGUGGAAGAAGAGCUGGGCGUCUGCAUGGCUAAGCAAAAUGCAAAAAUUGAACUAGCAUCCACAUCGUUGGCUACAUCAGGGAGCUCAGUCAGGAUGGAGGCACUGCAGCGUCAAUGCCAACAGUUGGAACAGCUUGCAGGGAGACUGGAAAGACUAUUUCAGGCAAUGCAACGUUCACUGAUCUUGCUUUUUGUGGUUAAUUCUCACUGUUUGCUCGGCGGCAUUUACAUUUAUAUAUACUACUACAACGUCUGGUAUGUAUUGUUGGAGGGUUCUUUGCGCCGUGUCUUCUAUGCCGGCAAUAUACUUAUCUAUGCGUGCAUCCUUUGCGACUAUAUCGGACUGCUGCUAACACAGAUGCUACUGCAACGAGAGCGUUCCAAAUUUUUGGAGCAUCUCAAAUUGUCACUGAGCCAAAGAGAAUGGAUGCCCAAGGACAUGCGUUCAGUUGUUAAGGACAUGCGAAACAUUUUGUGCAGCGCUUUCAAUUUCAAAUUCUGCUCCGUACUACGCUUUGAUGUGGCACAUUUUGCAUUGCUACAAAUACUUCAAGGACUAACUAUUGCAGUCAUUGUCCUUUAUGUAUAUUUUAAUGAUACGAUUUCCGCUAUAAAUGACAGCAUUGGAGGCAACGAUGAUGAGUAG